AUGGGAUUUAAGCGAAAACCGUCGUCCUCGCUAGGGCUGGAGAGAAGGGUGCGACCGCGCAAGGAGGAUGAGUGGGUGGAGGACCCAGAGACUCAGGGCUCUUCAAGUGAGGACGAUGAUGAGGUUGAGGAGGAGGGUAUUCGAGGCGCAUAUGAUGAUGACGAAGACGAGGAUGAAGAUGGGGAAGAUCAGCAAUCUGAAGAUGGCUCAGAAGAUGAGUCUGAGUCCGACCAUGACGCACCAAAGAUAGACCUUUCGUCAGUCUCAUUCGGCGCCCUUGCAAAAGCACAAGAAACACUACCCUCUGUUGGCCGCAAAUCGAAAUCAAAGAAAUCUACCGACGAAGAGACACCUAAGACAGAAACACCGGCGCCAAGGAAAUCCACUAGAUCAAAGGACGACCCCAAACCCAAGCGGUCCUCCAAACAUGCGCCCCAAGAGCAAACCUCCAAGAAACCAGUAUCCCGCCGUCGCGAAAUCCUCCCCGAUAAUAAGCGCCAAUACCGCGACCCACGCUUCGAUCCCCUAGUCGGCCGCGUGGACGAAGAGAAAGCCAGCAAAGCCUAUGCCUUCUUGGACGAGUACCGCGACAAGGAGAUGGCCGACCUGCGCGUCAAGAUCAAGAAGUCCAAGGACUUUUACGAAAAAGAGGACCUCAAGCGCCAGCUUCAGUCCAUGGAGUCUCGCAAGAAGUCCAAUCUGCGUAGACAGGAGGAGGAGAACUUGCUGAAGGAGCAUCGCCAGAAGGAGAAGGAGCUUGUGGCGCAGGGCAAGACGCCGUUCUACCUGAAGAAGAGCGAGCAGAAGAAGCAGUUGCUUGUGAACAGAUACGAGGGUAUGAGCAAGGGACAGGUCGACAGGGCGAUUGAGAGGAAGAGGAAGAAGGUUGCGGGUAAGGAGAAGAAGGAGUUGGAUUUUUUGCAAAGACGAGGAUGA